GAACCUCAUUCUGAAGAUGGUGGUACUUGGUCUGCUUUGCUACCAGUGGCUCAGCCGGAGGGUUGUCUGCUCAACGGAGGAGUGCUGGGAGACGUGUGUGGGGCAGGACCUGUAUCGCUUCGUGGUGAUGGACUUCAUAUUCACGCUGCUGGACACGGUCCUGGGGGAGCUGGUCUGGAGGCUCAUCUUGGAGAAGAGGCUGAAGAGGAACCAGAAGCCUGAGUUUGACAUCGCGCGGAACGUGCUGGAGCUGAUCUAUGGGCAGACCCUGACCUGGUGAGAUGUGUCCCGCCUGGCGCAGCUCCUGCUGCUGCUGCCCAGGACCAGCCUGAUGCACAACUGCCAGUCCCCCAGCAAGCCCUGGCAAGCGUCUCACAUGAGCACCGUGUUCAUCACCCUGCUCUGCUUCCCGUCCUUCCUGGGUGCAGCCAUCUUCCUCUCCUACACCAUCUGGUCGGUGCAGCCGUCAGAAGCCUGUGGCCCCUUCCAGGGGCUGGAAACCAUCUACAAGUCGUGGCAAACCUGGGUGCAAGUGCUGGAGAACUCUAACCCCAACAUCACCUGGUUCACCUGGGCCCACCAGCACCUGGUGGAAAACCCCUUCCUCCUGUUCUUCAUGUCUGGGGUGCUGCUAGCCGGGACCUACUUCAACAUCCAGGUGGUGAGAGGCCAGCGGAGGAUCAUCCGCCUGCUGAAGGAGCAGAUCGCCAACGAAGGGGAAGAUAAAGCAUUUCUCAUUCAGAAGCUUCACUCCGUGUAUGAGCAGAGGGAGAGACGCGCCUGA